AUGCUGGGCAACAUAGAGACCAGAGCCAAGCAAUCUGCACUUGCAUGCAUGUUGAGAGCCCGCCUCGAAUGCCACAUGUUUGCACACUGUCACAAUGAGUCUGAAAAGUGUUCCACUGCUCUUCCAACAGAUGUUCAGGUGGGAGAGAAGGGUUCUGGAUGCAACAUCUAUCCCGCUGCAUUGUGGAGGUCUGGAAGUGAUGAGAACCAUGUGGCCAACCAUACUGACAAGAGGCCAUACAAGAGUGAUGUCUGCCCUGCAGAGUUCAGCCUGAGCGGGAACACACAGCAGCAAAAGCAGACAGAUUCGUGCGAGAAACCAUACAAGUGUGAUGUCUGCCCUGCAAAGUUCAGCCGCAGUUGGUACGUACAGCGGCACAAGCGGGCACACACGGGCGAGAAACCAUACAAGUGUGAUGUCUGCCACGUAGAGUUCAGCCAGAGCGGGAUCCUACAGCAGCACAAGCGGACACACACGGGUGAGAAGCCGUAUAAGUGUGAUGUCUGCCUUGCGAAGUUCAGCCGCAGUUGGCACUUACAGCAGCACAAGCGGGCACACACGGGUGAGAAGCCAUACAAGUGCGAUGUCUGCCCUGCAGAGUUCAGCCGCAGUUGGUACCUACAGCAGCACAAGCGAGCACACACGGGUGAAAAGCCACACAAGUGCGAUGUCUGCCCUGCAGAGUUCAGCAAGCGCGGGAACCUACAGCGGCACAAGCGGACACACACGGGCGAGAAACCAUACAAGUGCAAUGUAUGCUGCGUAGAGUUCAGCCAGAGCGUGAUCCUACAGCAGCACAAGCGGACACACACGGGUGAGAAGCCAUACAAGUGCAAUGUUUGCCCUGCGAAGUUCAGUCAGAGCGGGCACCUACGGGUUCACAGGCAGACACACACGGGCGAGAAGCCAUACAAAUGCGAUGUCUGCCCUGCGGAGUUCAGCAGGGGCGGGAACCUAGAGCAGCACAAGUGGACACACACGGACUAG